CUCUCGUCACUUCCUGCAUUUACUGGGCUGGAGUCCGGAACUUCCCGGGAAUCCAGGAGGGCGAGUGAGAUCGAACCGCUACUUGUUAAAUCGGGUUUCUUUGGUAGCUUGCAUCAGUGCUUGUGAUCUCCGGCUGUGAUGGCUGCCUUACGACUUUCGCCUGCGGUCAGCAGGCUGAGCGAACUGGGGUGGGUAGCGUCUCCGGCCGGGCAGUGCCGAGCCCGGGUCGGCAUCACAGUGCGGGCUCCGGUCGGCGGCGGCGGAUGUGUGCAGCGGGCGAGCAGCUGCAGCCCCGACCCCGACUAUCUGCACGAAAGCAUCGUCCCCACCAACCACUUCCAGAAGAGCCUCCCGCGAUUACCUGUUCCAAAGCUGCAGGAUACAGUCCGCCGUUACCUGAAUGCACAGAGACCACUUUUAGAUAAUGACCAAUAUAGGAGAACAGAAAAGGUGGCUCACGAUUUUGAACAGGGGGUUGGUAAACAAUUACACGAAGAACUUUUGGCUCAGGACAAAAAAAACAAACAUACCAGUUACAUUUCGGGACCAUGGUUUGACAUGUACCUAAGUGCCCGUGAAUCAGUGGUCCUGAAUUUUAACCCCUUUAUGUCGUUUAAUCCUGAUCCAAAUCCUGCAUACAAUAAUCAGCUAAUUCGGGCAACCAACCUGACAGUGUCUGCAGUACGUUUCAUGAAGACUUUUCGUGCAGGUUUACUCGAACCUGAAAUUUUCCACCUCAAUCCUGCUAAAAGUGACACAGCUCUUUUCAAGAAUAUCAUUCGCUUUGUUCCCACUUCUGUUUCAUGGUAUGGUGCCUAUAUGGUUAAUGCCUAUCCACUUGAUAUGUCUCAGUACUACAGACUCUUCAAUUCCACUCGUAUUCCCAGACCAAUUCGAGAUGAGCUUCUUACAAAUAAAAGUGGCAAGCACUUGCUGGUGAUGAGAAAUGGACAUUUCUAUAUAUUUGAUGUUAUUGAUCAAGAUGGAAGGAUCACAAAGCCUUCUGAAAUCCUGGCACAUUUCCAGUAUAUUUUGUCUGAUUUCAGUCCCCCUCCUGAAUUUCCACUUGGGUAUUUGACGAGUGAGAAUCGGGAUGUCUGGUCCUCUCUAAGACAGAGACUAUUGGAGGCUGGGAAUAAAGAGGCAUUAAAUAAAAUAGAUUCUGCUGUCUUCUGUGUUUGCCUUGAUGACAUUAUCAUCAAAGACCACCUUGAGCUCUCCCAUAACAUGCUUCAUGGAAAUGGCCUCAACCGCUGGUAUGACAAAUCGUUCACUUUCAUAUUAACCAAAGAUGGCACUGCAGGUGUGAACUUUGAACAUUCAUGGGGGGACGGCGUCGCUGUCCUGCGUUUACAGAAUGAAGUUUUCAAAGACACGACCACGCGGCCUGCAGUUUCCCCAACAACACAGCCUGCAAUGAUUGACUCCUCUAAGAGUGUGCAGAAGCUUGAGUUCAAACUCGAUGAUGUUCUUAAAGCAGGAAUUUUGAGUGCUAAAGAAAAAUUUGACACCACUGUGAGCACGUUGACUAUCGAAGCUGCCGAAUUUAAAAAAGGUGGGAAAGUGUUCCUGAAAAAGCAGAAGCUGAGUCCUGAUGCAGUGGCUCAACUCUCUCUUCAAAUGGGCUUUCUGAGGCAGUACGGCAAAACAGUAGCCACUUAUGAGUCAUGCAGCACUGCAGCAUUUAAACAUGGUCGUACAGAAACUAUUCGCCCUGCCACCAUAUACACCCAGAAGUGCUGUGAGGCAUUUGUGAGGCAGCCUUCGAAACAUAGCAUCUCAGACUUGAAGGCAAUGAUAGACGAGUGCUCCAAGUAUCAUGGGCAGCUAACCAAAGAGGCUGCAAUGGCUCAGGGAUUUGACCGCCAUUUAUUUGCCUUAUGUUACCUGGCAAAAUCUAAAGGAAUGCCUUUGCCAGAACUAUUCCAAGAUCCAUCAUAUAUUAAAAUUAAACACAACAUUCUUUCCACCAGCACCCUAACCAGUACAGCCAUCCAGUUAGGAGGCUUUGCACCUGUUGUUCCUGAUGGUUUUGGAGUUGGAUAUAGUGUUAAUGAUAACUGGAUAGGUUACAAUAUUUCCAGCUAUCCUGCUCGAGAUGCUAAGGAAUUCCUUAAGUGUGUCUGCAAAAGUCUGGAUGAUAUCUUUCACGUAUUGGAAGGGCAACCCAUCAGUGGCUGAGUUACAGAAACUGAAAUGGAGAGUGAAUUGAUAUUAUCCUGCAGUUACAGAACUUAAGGCCCUAAAAUGUUAUACUUUAAUGUUAUCUCUUAAUCAGUACAUUAGAAAGAAUUAAAAAUUAUUCUUAAUUGUCGAGAUUUUGGAUGCAAGGCACUUAACAACACACUGCUCUGCGACGUCACCGGUGCCAAGCUGCGUGGGUCCUAGUGCCCUUCCCUUGGACAACAUUGGUGGCAUGGAGAGGGGAAGGCCUGCAGCUUGGGCAACUGCCGGUCUCCCAUACAACCCUGCCCAGGCCUGCACCCUGGAAACUCCAGGCACAGAUCCAUGGUCUCUCGAGACCGACGGAUGCCACCAUCCAGAUCACAUUGAGUUUGCUUAAUCAGAAGCAUUAUUUCAAUUUUAAACAAUUGAUAUCAUUAACUGGACAAGAUUAUUUUGUAACUUCCUGACCAACCUAAAUCUUAAGGACUGUCAAAGGAUCAAGCUGAUCCUCUCACCAGUCCACUCCAAGCUAAGCAACUACUUACUCAAUUUUGCUUGUUUUUCCUUGUCAGUUUGAUAAGCCUACAGACAAAAUGCCUCCUUUUUUAAGCAUUUUGUAACAUUUAUUUCAUGGUGAUUACACAAAGAUUAAUACUCCUUUCACAUUCUAUUUAAUGAUUCAGAAAGUCUUGUAUGAAUUAAAAUUGAAGUGAUGCUUUUAAUUAUGCAAACUCAAGGCAAUUUCUAGGUGCUUUAUGUUGUGUUCAUUUGUAUUUAAAUCAAAAGCAGUCAGUCAUAGAUAAGUACUUAUAGUUGGUUAUGUUGGCGUCAAUUAAAAUACAAUUAGCCUAACACUGAUGUUGAAGAAAAAUGCAAUGAAGUUGCUUUACUAUAAUUGCUUUUUUUAAAUGAAAAAUAAAGUUCAUUCAGAUUUCCAUUAAAAUUUCUUUGAUAUUCAAUUUGUAUUGUUACUUUGUGUUUGAUAGCAGCUGAAAAGUAUUUGAGGCUACUGAUGGCCUCAAGCGCCAGAGUUUAGCUUUAAUAUCACCAAGUCUGCAAGUUACAAAGUUCAUGUAUACCAGGCGUCUAUUUUUAAAACAGAAGACCAACUAAAUCUUCUGGUUUUUUAGUAGCUGUGUUCUUUGAUCCAGACAGUAUUAAAGAUAUUUGGAGCAAAAGAGAAAAUCUGAUGAGCAAAUGUCCUGUUAUUCAUUGUGGAAUGUAUAACAGAGCCCUGCAAACCAAGAUGAAACAAAGAGCAAACUUGAGAAUGACAAUCUCUGGUUGAUGUACCUUUGCAGC